AUGGUUGAACACAGACCACCUAUUACCGCCCACGUUCUGUAUUCGCACUGUGUUUCAUUUUUAAACUAUUUACGCAGCCACAAUCAGAACCGGUCUUACAUUAUCGAUUUCAUCAAGACCGACCCACCAAUCCUGCAUUUAUAUGUGAACACCACUUUAUUCUUGCCAACAACUCCAUCAGCUUGCUUCGGUCAACUUGGGGCUCCCCACGACUUUGGGCGUCAAUUUGUGCCAUAUCACAGCUUGACCACUACGAACUACGAUUUCGACUUUGACUCGCGGGAUACCUGCCUCAUUGGUUCUUCCAUCAACGCUAAUGACAAAGGCCACAGUGGCGAAUCAAUUGCAUCUUUAAUAUCCAGCAACGAUUGUCCGGUCAAGUUUAUGGAUCGGUAUUCUGGUUUGAUUCCCACAUUGAACCCCGAAAUGAACGUUACGAAUUUGUUGUCUUUUAUACAAUUUUGUGUUGGAUCACCACAUGUGGCACCACAUCAAACUUUUGGCCACGCAAUUGGUUUCUUUAAUGUUUGUGUCACUUUCGAGGUUCAAAAGCGUGGUAUUGCUCAUGUGCAUUAUGUGAUCUCACCCAACGCAUAG